GACUGGCUCUCACACUGUGAGCCAUGGGGCCCCUCGCACUGCUGGGCUUUGCCUCACUCUGGGCUGGGCUGGCGCUGGCUGAAGUGGUCCCCACUUUCCGUAAAUGCAGACGCUAUUUCUACAGAGGAAUUGAGCCCCAAGGGUUUGACACUACAAACAGAGCUAACAUUUGCCAGAAAUAUGGAGGAACAUCAUUUCGCAACCUUGUACGCCAAGAGCAGCCGAAUCCUGGUCUGGUCAGCUUACACUAUAGAUGAAGGAAAUUGCACAGAUACAGUCUCAGAAACAUGGAAGGUGGAGCCACAGCUGGCUGGUUUAUCAGAGACAAACAUGGAAGGAAAACUGCUUCAAGACCCGAAAGGAAAAAAAACAAACCAGAAAGGAAACCAAUCCAUCAAAGAAAAACUGAAAGAAAGGCAAGCCAUCAAUGAAGAUUAUGAGAGAACACACUAUGAACGGGGACACCUGAACCCAAACUCCUUCCAGUGUGGUCAAGGCCGAAUAGCCACCUUCACGCUCACCAAUGCAGUCCUCAUGGACCCCUGCUUCAAUAGGGUCAAUUGGUAUGAACCGGAACGACAUCUCAAGAUACAGUUAACAAACAGCUGCCUUAAUGUGAAAAAUCAGAAAGGGAAACACUUUCUAGAGCAGUGCCCGAUGAAAAAUAUAAAAUCCCCAUUAAGAAGGAUGACAAAGGAACAUCAAUCGAGAUGCUGAGAGGAUGGUGGUGCCCAGCCACAUCUGGAAUGCCGUUUGCUGUGAGCACUCUGACAAUAACAAGAAAUUCUCCUUCGCCUUCCUGGGGAUGAACAGGCCAGACAGCAUCCUGGAGCCCCUGAAAGUGACACAGCUGAACAAAUUGCUAACGAGGCUGUAUGGGAAUCCUUCAGGGCGGCCAAUCAAGAUUUUUAAUGAUGACUGUAACAAAGAAGGCACAAAGGCACAGGAUGUUGUAUUGGAAAUAACCAAACAGUUGCGCGACACCUUUCCAAACUGGGGAAACCAUCUCUCAGGAAACAAAAGGCCUCAAAAUAACCCCCCCUGCCCGCCAUUGUUUCUAGUAAGAAAAAGGCAAAGCCUUAGCAGAAGCUGAAGGGGGGGGGGGGAGGGGAAGGAAGGAAUGCAGCAUAGACAGAAAUUCCAAUAGACCUUUUAAUUGAAAGCUCCUGGGGCCUGUGUAACUGCAUGAGCUUGUCAGUGUCGAUCUGCCCCUAACUCUCCUCUCUUCUCCCACCUGGUGCUUGUCAAACCCACUUGUUAAAUCUUGUCUUAAAUUAUUCCUUGGUCCUUCCCCCAUUUUGGUGCAGCUGGAGCCCCACUGAUGCAGAGCUCUGCCCAUUUACACAAGCUGAGUGUCAGCCCCGGCUGUUUGCAAAUUCAGCCCGGCUCUGGGUUACACUCAGAACAGGAGCUUCUCACCCAGAAAGGCUGGGAGUUCAGUCUGCCUCUAGUGAAACCUCAGUUUUGCAGAAGCCUAAGGAACCAAU